AGCGCCCAUCCCUAGCACAUUUGUUAAAAAAUUUGCAACAAGCCAACGAAAAUCGACCAGGAACGGUGGACAGCCAAAACCGCGCGCUCUGCGACGACCACCGUGGGAUGCUCAUACGUAUGCGCACCCGUGCCGCGGAGUAGACACAGUGCCCGCGAUCCGCGACCAGCGAACCGCCAAUCCCCGAGAAGCCAGCUGCAGCAGAUCCCACAGAUCCCGCCGCUGAGCCGACCCAGAUCAUGGGCCUCGACUUCGACGCAGUGGAGUACUGCAAGGGCGUGAAGAGCCAGCAGUCGCAGCCCCCGUUCGCCUGUCCCGUCCGCGGAUGCGACCGCAGCUACAAGACGAUCAUGGGCCUGCAGUACCAUCUGAUGAAGUACGACCACGAUAAUCCCCAGCCGCUGACGCCCGUGCUGACUCCCAGCCGGAAGAAGGCGCGCUCCCGCUCUGGCGGACACCACUCGACGCCUCGCCCGCCCAAGGAACACCCUGCGCCCGGUGGCGGUGGAGCGGAGGCCAGAAAUGGCUGCUCCUCGGCCAGUGCAGGAGGCGGAACGGCGUCCGGAGGAGGCCCCGUCCGGCAGUACGCCAAUCCCGAGUCCCUGGUGGCCUACAACGAGGAGGAGGCCACCGUGACGUUCAACCUGGACGGAAAGAGCGUGCGCCUGGGCAUCGACGACGCCUUGCCGCUCGUGGAGGACGAGGAGUUCGCCGCCCUGGUGGCCAGGGGCUGCAUCCUGAAUGCCGACGCACCGCCGCUGGAGGAGAACGCGCCCUGGGCGAGGGUCCAGGUGCCUGUGGCCAGGGUGGCCGAGAUUCCGGACUACCGAGUGCCUGACGCCCCGCCUCGGCCGCUGGCCUACUAUCGCUUCAUUGAGAAGUCGCUGGAGGAGCUGGACGGCGAGGUGGAGUACGACGUGGAUGAGGAGGAUUCCGCCUGGCUGGAGCAUAUGAAUGAAGAGCGCCAGCGGCUCGGCCUGAACGCCGUGGGCAUCGACACGAUGGAGCUGCUGAUGGACCGGCUGGAGAAGGAGUCGCACUUUCAGGCGGCCGCCAACGGCACACCCACGGGCGUCGAGGUCGACGACGACGCAGUGUGCUGCAUUUGCCUGGACGGCGAGUGCCAAAACACCAACGUGAUACUUUUCUGCGACAUGUGCAACCUGGCGGUGCACCAGGACUGUUACGGGGUGCCCUACAUCCCGGAGGGUCAGUGGCUGUGCCGGCGAUGCCUGCAGUCGCCCAGCAAGCCCGUCAACUGUGUGCUCUGCCCCAAUGCGGGAGGCGCCUUUAAGCAGACGGACCACGGCCAGUGGGCGCACGUGGUAUGUGCGCUGUGGAUUCCGGAAGUGCGAUUCGCCAACACCGUCUUUCUGGAACCCAUAGAUUCCAUCGAGACCAUUCCCCCUGCUCGCUGGCGACUCACCUGCUACGUGUGCAAGGAGAAGGGCCUGGGAGCCUGCAUCCAGUGCCACCGGAACAGCUGCUACGCCGCCUUCCAUGUUACCUGCGCCCAGCAGGCGGGCCUCUACAUGACCAUGGACACGAUUAAAGAUGGCCACAACGAUUCGUCCAUGCACGUCCAGAAAUUUGCCUACUGCCACGCCCACACGCCGGCGGACGCCAAGCUGAAAAUGAACGUGCCGGACUUCGAGGACACGCGCCACAAAAUGCGGGAGGCGCGCAAGGCCUUGGCCAAGAAGCGAUCCACAGCGCCCGUGGUGCUGAUACCCACUAUUCCACCGGACCGCGUUCAGGAGAUCGCCACAAUGGUGACGAUGCAGCGCAAAAAGGAGUUCCUCGACCGCAUUAUCGCCUAUUGGACGCUUAAGAGACACUAUCGCAACGGGGUGCCCCUGCUGCGACGUCUGCAGAGCCAGGGCAACAACCAUGGUGUGAUCCAGCGCAACGGCAUCGAGGGAUCACCGGACACGAACGAGCUGUACCGGCAGCUCAAGUACUGGCAGUGCCUGCGGCAAGAUUUGGAGCGGGCGCGCCUUCUGUGCGAGCUGGUGCGCAAGCGCGAGAAGCUGAAGGUGGCCUUCGUUCGCAUCUCGGAGGAGGUAGUGAUGCUGCAGCUGAAUCCGCUGGAGGCGGCCCUGACAAAGCUGCUAGACGCGCUGGAGGCACGCGACAGCAUGGAGAUCUUUCGAGAGCCGGUGGACACCAGUGAAGUGCCCGACUACACGGACAUUGUGAAGCAGCCCAUGGAUCUGGGCACAAUGCGGUCGAAGCUUAAGGAGUGCCAGUACACCUCGCUGGAGCAGCUGGAAGCUGACUUUGAUCUGAUGAUCCAGAACUGCCUGGCGUACAACAACAAGGACACGGUGUUCUAUCGCGCGGGAAUCCGGAUGAGGGACCAGGCGGCGCCUCUCUUCGUCCAGCUGAGAAAGGAACUGCAGCGGGAUGGUCUGCUGGAGCGUUCGCAACGCUCCCACGUCGACCACGUUGAAGCGGAGGUGGAACAGGAGCUACGCUUGCUGCUGGCGGCGCCAGCCAGCGAGGACAUCGUCCAGAAGCUGCUCAUCCUAGCCGACAAGUCGCAGGUCCUGAAGAACCCUAGCUAUCGCACCAAGAAAAUCAAGCAGAUUCGACUAGAGAUUACGAGGAUGCGCAAAAGUCUCCAAAAGGCGAGAUUUGCAGCACGCCACUCAUCGCACGGUAUCCAAUCCCAAAGCGAAGAUGAGGAGACAGUGGGUGCUUCGCCUUCUAAAAAGCGCACCCGCAAACGGUUGAAUAGCAGUGCCGUGGACAUGGAUCUGGCGCACGACGAGGAGGACGAAGAAGAGGAUUCCGAUGAAGACUCAAUGGGCGAGGGUGAGGAUAAUGUUUCUAAGGACUUGCUCAACUCCACUCAAACACCGCCAUGCAGCCCCAUCAAGAGUCUGAACAACAGUAGCUCUCCUGUGGGAAUCAAUCGGAGAACGGCCAUAUUGUUAACGCGCAAGUCACAGGCUGCCCUGAAAAGGCCUUCGGAACCUUUGACGACGCCUGUGAAAGAAGAGCACCAUAACUCGCAGUCAUCAAACACGCAGUCCACCAGCGGCAGUUCAUCCUCAGCCACCACGGCGGCUACAGCUGCCUCCAGUGGCACGGGGACGCUGAAUCACGUCCUGGCCACCGCUCCGCCCACUGUCUCAAACUUUGCGUUGACGCAGAAUAGCAGCAGUGGCGGUGGAAUCGCAUCGGGCAUUGGAAUGGGAGGCUCCUCGUCGGCCGGAGCCGCUGUAGCCGCGGGCUUGGCCUCCACGGCCCUCGCGAUGAACAGCAAGCUUACUGCGAGUCUGGCUGUCAAGUCGCCAAAGAGGCCGGGUCGCUAUCGUCGGCUGCCGGAGGUGAGGCACAGCUCCUCCAUGUCACCAAAGAAGUCACCCAAUCCGGCGGUGCCCGUCAGUCAGACGCUACCCAUGCCUGAGCCCCUGCCAUUCGAACGAAUCCCGGACAGUUUCCGGGUGUACCGGGCCAACAAUCAGCGUGACGUCAGCGACAGCGACGAUGCUCCCUCGCAGUCAAGCAGUCCGUGCAGCAGUUGCUCCGACUUCAGCAUGUCGGGCAGUUGCUCCGAUUUUGACAGCGACGAGGCGAGCGACGGCGAUGCGGAUGGCGAUGCUGACAGAGACGGCCGAAGGAGUCGCAGCGAGGAGAGGGACUCAACGUCACAGGAGGGCACCACGGACGCCAUGGACUUGCAGCACGCCAGCAUCAACAACAUGCAGGGAAACAACGGCAACAUGGCCAUCAGCAGCAGCAGCGGCGGAAGUGGCGGCAGCUCCAGCGAAGAUGACGAUGAGGAGCGGCCACUGAGCGCGCGGCAGAACAAGACAAUGAAGUUGGUUACGCGUAGUACUCCCACUCCGACGACAAUGGCACGAGCAGUUUCUUUGACGGCGGCACGGGGACGCGGCAAGCGGCGAAGCAACCUCAGCGAGUCCACUAGCUCCACGGCCACGCCGCCGCCUCUGCUGCGGAGGGCGGGUAAGCUGCGGUCAGCCACGCCCAAUGCCUCGCCGCUGGUGAACAACAUUAAGGCGCGGAGGAACACCAUGGCGGCUGCCACUGCAACUCCCACAAAUAACAACCGCAGUAAGCAUGGAGAGGAGACCGUUUCCUCGGAGAGGCACAAUCACCACUCACACGGCCAGAAGCCGACGCUGGAGCCGCUGCAGCUCGUGUGGGCCAAGUGCCGCGGGUAUCCCUGGUAUCCCGCCCUCAUCCUCGACCCCAAGACGCCCAAGGGAUUCGUGUACAACGGAGUGCCGCUGCCCGCCCCGCCCACCGAUGUUCUGGCGCUGCGCAAGAACUGCCUAGACGAUAUUGUGUUCCUGGUCUUGUUCUUCGAUGUGAAGCGCACUUGGCAGUGGCUGCCGGCCAACAAGUUGGACAUCCUCGGGAUCGACAAGCAGCUGGACCAGCAAAAGCUGGUGGAGUCGCGCAAGCCGGCGGAGCGAAAGGCUGUGAAGAAGGCGUACCAGGACGCGCUGCACUACCAGAGCCAGGUCUCCGAUUUGGAGGGCCAAGGACCCGACCCGAUCAUGUGAAAGCUGAUGGCCCGACUGCACCUGUAGGCGCCGCUCGAAAGGCUUUAGCCAUUUAGUUAGCUCCCCCAAAGGGAUCGCUCGUAUUUUUAUAUCUCGUUUGUUGUUACUCGGUACUCGAAGAAGACGCAGUUGAAGAAGGCCCUCCAUUAGAGUAUUUCGUUGCGAAUUUCCAAUUUGCACUGCAAGUGUCUUUGAUUUUCGUUUGUUGCCAAGUCACCCGGGGAUCGUUUGCCCCUAUACCAUUAUGUACAGUUUUUGUAAAACACGCAGUUAGCGAAUUCGUUGGAGGAUCCUUUUUGUACAUUAUUUGGCUUUUGUGACUACGAUUAUGAAAUGUUAAGUAGAUCCCGAAAUCGGUUCGAAUCACAACAACAUGGAAUUUAUAACCUCAAGACGAUUCACGCGAAAUCAAAUCAAUGUUUAAGUUAAAUAGUUUUAAGCUCUCCUACAGUUAAGCCCAAAACCAACAAUACAAACAUAAAUCAGCAAAAACAAGUUAAAAAUCGUGUAAAAACUUAAACCGCUAUAUAGAGGAUAGGAAAUGAUUAUGAACAUUUACAAAUAGCAUUACAAAUUGUAUAGAUGUGUGUGUGUGCGCGUGAGUCUCUACAUAAAUCGAUAUAUCUCUAUAUGCAAAUAGUGUACGUCUUGAUUUCCAUAUGAACAAAUAAUAUAUUUGAUUAUUAUGAUGUAUUAGGAGGAGGUGGAUUAUUAUUAUUAUAAUUACUGUGUGUAAUUAAUGCAAAAAUUUCGUAUGCCUAAGUGGAAAGCGUAGACAAUUAAGUAUUAAAGUAGUUGGCUCCAAUCUCCCCCAAUAAAAAUCCCAGUCCCCCACCCCAAACACAACCCGACACCACCACCUUUGCCCUUAACAAGAUUGAAUAUUGUUUAAAUCUAAUGGUAAAU